AUGAAAUCGUUAUUUGAAGAUAGCUGCAUAUUUUGUCUGCAAGUGAGCAGCGAAAAUGCAAUCGAAGAAGUAUCAUAUGAAAGGUUCAAAGAAGCAAUCGAUUUUGUGUUUACGUUUAAGAUUCUGCCCGUAUUGGAGGACGGCAGAAGAAAAGUAUGCCACAGUUGUGUAGAAUGUAUCAUGGCAUUUUACGACUACGCUACGCAAGUGAAAAAAAAUCAAGAAGCUAUCAACAGAAUCGUUUCGGAAGGCGAAGAGCAAGUUGUGGAGAAUAACGAAUGUUCAACUAACGUUGAACCACCACAAACACUAAUAGAUUCCAGUAGCUCAGUUAUCACAAUUUCAGAUGAAUCUGACUCGGAUUGUAAUGAUCCUGUGGCAUUUUCCAAUGAUGAAUUGAAUGCAGAAGAUAGUUCACAAUUAACCAAAUCUCAAUGCGAUAGUAGCAAACAAAAUGUAACAGAAACAUUUAGUUGUCCCCGAUGCAACGAAUCAUUCAGAUUGAAAAGUUUUCUAGCGAAACAUAUGAAAAAUCACGUGGAUUGUUCAACUUGUGGAAUUUCUUUCACCAACAGAGCUUUGAUGCGCGAGCAUAUGCGUGAAAUUCAUAGCAAAGAAACAACUACAAUUUGCGAAAUGUGUGGAAAGCUGAUUAACAAGUUUCAACUGAAAUACCAUAUGGAAGCAUUCCAUAUUGUAAAGCCAGUUGAAAUUAUGGAGUGUGAAUUCUGUAGCAAAAAAUUUAACAAAUUAGCAUCACUGCGAUCCCACAUAAAGGCGAUUCACAAAGAAGCCGGCCACUCUUUUCCUUGCGAUAAAUGUUCUAAUGUUUACUCAUCCAGUCGGGGGUUGCGUGGGCACAAGGCACGGGUCCACGUGGAAUGUAGAUACUGCUGCAACAUCUGCAACAGGCAGUUUAAACGGAAAGUAAAUCUGAAUGAACACAUGGCCGCCCACACAGGCAUUACGCUGUACGAAUGCGACGUUUGUGGACAUGGGUUUAACUCGAAUGCCAAUAUGUACGCACAUAUAAAGCGCAAACACCCGGUCGAGUGGAAGGAAAAGAAUCACGAACGGCUCAUGGGCCGACGUCGCCGACUCCAUAGAGCCUCAGAGAUUGAGAGCAGCACGAAGAAUGUAAAUACACAUUCGUCGUGAAUGCAGCCGGUUUCAUACAUCAGCAUUUGUUCAAAGCCUAUUUUUUGGUGGUUAAACUAUUUCUAAACUAGUUGAAAUAUUAGGAGUAUGUUUAUAGUUUGGAAAUGUUUAACAUAAGAUUUUUUGUCUGGGUACCAGGCUAGACUCGAGAUACGAUCCUACACCUCUGUUUCCUUAAGCUACCGCAUGGCACCCUGAACAUACGAAUCUAAGGAGAUACAUAUAUGGACCCCUUAACACAAAUAAAUAUAUUUUACUUUACAUAAAGUAACAAGAACUUUUUUUA